ACACACACAAAAAAAAAAAAAACUCUUAUCACGCCUCUAAGCUUGGCCUCCGUCUCCGAGCUCCACCUCCGGCUCGGCGUCCGUAUGCGCUUCCCCUCCGCCUUGGAGCAUGCUUGAGGAAUUUAGAUUAUAAUUCGCAAAUGAAUUAUUAAAAUUCUGAGUGCUCAAUAAAUUUGAUGGAUAGUCUAUUUUCAGUGAAGUCUCGUUGGACGCUUUGCUCAGUCUCAGACACAUUACGAUGAUAAAAACUUCUCCGCACAUCGCUGUGACUCUCUCCCUCAAGCGAAGAUUUCAUUCUUGAAUACUGAAACCCUCGUCCUCCCCGCUCCGAUUCAAAGCAGGCGGCAACUCGAGCUUCAGGUCCAUGGCAAUCCCUUCUCUCUUCCUCCAAAGGCUGAGACCGAGGAGAACAAGUCAUCAUCAGCUUCUUUCAAACUUUCCUCGACUCAGGAAUCAAGAAGACCCAUGCAACAAAUCGUGGGCUUUGAGGAGUGUAAAUUCUGGUUAUGGAAAUCUUACUAAAUUUGAAAGGGAAUCAAGUCUUGCCCCUUUUUGCAAGGUUCUCGAUCAAAUAUCUGUAAAUAGGUUUCUUAGUGGACUGGAAUGCACCCGGUUUACUCGUAUUUGUACUAUUCAUACAAGCCGGCAUCUUACCAACACAAGCGAAGUAGUGGAGGCUCAAAAUAGUAGCACAGGAGAUGUGACAGUCGAUGCCAAUGGCAGCACAAAAGUAAAAAGGAAAAAGUUGAAAGGAAGAAGAGCAGUUGUAAAGUUUCUGAAGUCCUUGAGGUGGAAGAAGAAGAAAGAGUAUGAAAGGAUGACCGCAGAAGAAAAGAUUUUGUACAAAUUGAGGAAGGCUCGAAAAAAGGAAGAACGACUUGUUGAGGCAUUAAAGAAAAUUGAACCUUCAGAAUCAUCUGAAACUAAACACGACCCAGAGAUUCUUACACCAGAAGAGCAUUUCUACUUACUAAAAAUGGGCCACAAGUGCAAGAACUAUGUCCCUGUGGGAAGACGUGGGAUAUUCCAAGGAGUAAUUCUUAACAUGCAUUUGCACUGGAAGAAGCAUCAGACACUGAAGGUUAUUGUGAAGACCUUCACUCCAGAAGAGGUUCGAGAAAUUGCGGCUGAGCUCGCUAGAUUAAGCGGGGGAAUUGUGCUUGAGAUACAUGAGGAUAAUGAGAUUAUCAUGUAUAGAGGAAAGAAUUAUUCGCAGCCACCAACUGAGAUCAUGUCACCUAAGGUCACACUGUCCAGGAAGAAGGCCCUCGAUAAAUCCAAGCACAGAGAUGCCCUAAGAGCUGUUCGAAGGUUCAUUCCGAAGCUCCAACAAGACCUCGAAAGUCUUCAGAUACAAAUGAAAACAAUAAGUGAAAACAAAGUAAAGGAUUCAACAGAGAAAGAACUUCUCGGUACAGGUAUCAAUGACAAAGGAUCUGAUCAUCUACUUGAUAACUCUGAUGAAUUUCAAGAUGAAGAAGUAGAAAAAGAACUUGAUGGAGACGAAUCCUUGGAGGAAUCUGAUAUUCUGUCAGAAUCUGAAGCUCUCUCUGACUUAUUUGAAACGGAUACUGAUGAAGGGAAAAUAGAGGAGAAAGAAGAAACACCUCUAUAUCUGAACACCUUAGAAAAGUUUUCUUCAGGUGGUGAUGAUAAAGAGCAAGUUGAUUUUGAGACUCAUUUGCGCCAGAUUUCUGCUGCAGCAAAGAGAGGUGAUUCACCGGAAAAUAAUAAUGUAAAAGUAUCUGAUUUGGAUGAGAUUGACCAGAUUUUCUUGAGAGCUGACUUUCUAUUGAAUAAAAAGAGAAGGUGAUUUCUAAAUUUUUGGAAAGAGAUUUACAUGUAAAUUUGUUUUGGUUUUUCAUUACUAUGUGAAUUGAGGAUGACUUGGUUAGCAUUUGUAUUUGAAGAAAUGGAGUAAUAUAUCCAAAUGAUAAUGAUUAA